UUAGGAUUGCGUGUCUUCUUCCGCCAUCUUUGCUGGACGAAGUCGUUAGGACGCUUCGCGUGCAUAGAAAAACGGUUGAUACAUGUGUUCGCAGACGAACGGGAAUUGUGAUCGUGAUGUGCCAGUGUUGAAUGUGAAUUAAUAGAAUUAAAGAGAGAGAGAGAGAGAGAAAGAGAAAGAGAGAGAGAGAGAGAGAGAGAGAGAGAGAGAGAGAGAGAGAGAGAGAGAGAGAGAGAGAGAGAAAGAGAGCAGUGAAUCAGAAUUGUGGAGCGCGAUUACGGAGCGUCGUACGGGCGACUGAGGAGCAAACGAGCUGCGCGAAGUUGCGGCUACGCUGAUCAUCACAGCACGGUAGCAUCGUUGAUCGCCGGAGAAUGGUGGAUCGCAUUCUUGGACACUGUUGCGCCACAUAGCGAUUGAUAUGCGAAAUUUCUCGCAUAUCGCGAAAAUCGAUCCUACCGCAGCUUCUCAUCUCACGGCUGCCCCACCCCCACCCCCUCUGAGUGCAACGGCACGGCAGCCUGUGGAAUACUUAAUAUUCGAUCGCGACGCGAGUUCAGAAGCCCUUCGAAAAAGGACAAAAGGACUCCGGUCUCGCGGUCUGCACAAAGGGAGAAUCGCCUUUCCUCGCCCUUGCGCGCUUGCGCCUGAUUUCUUUGUGCAUUGGCAUGCGGCAGGUGACAGGAUAAACUCGCUCACCGGAAACAUGAAUUACCCGAUGUCGUCGAAUCAGUCUAGACCGAGUGAGUCAUUGUCCCAUGGAAACUACCAGGGCCCGGGAGACUUGCCCAUGGGCUCUGCUAAGGAACAGACGCUGAUGUGGCAGCAGAAUUCUUAUCUAAACGAUUCAGGCAUUCACUCUGGUGCCGUCACUCAGGCGCCAUCCUUGUCUGGUAAGGAGGAUGAAGAGAUGGAGGGGGAUCAGUUGAUGUUCGACCUGGAUCAAGGAUUCGCACAGGGUUUCACUCAGGACCAAGUCGACGAGAUGAACCAACAAUUGAGUCACACACGGUCUCAGCGUGUGCGCGCUGCCAUGUUUCCCGAAACACUGGAGGAAGGUAUAGAGAUACCCUCGACGCAAUUUGAUCCAGUACAGUCCACUGCUGUACAACGGCUGGCCGAGCCGAGUCAGAUGCUGAAGCAUGCUGUUGUCAAUCUGAUCAAUUAUCAGGACGAUGCCGAUUUGGCAACGCGCGCUAUUCCGGAAUUAAUCAAGCUCUUGAACGAUGAGGAUCAGGUGGUCGUUUCUCAGGCAGCCAUGAUGGUACAUCAGUUGUCGAAGAAAGAAGCCUCCCGCCACGCCAUCAUGAACAACUCGCAGAUGGUGGCUGCGUUAGUACGCGCCAUUUCAAACAGCGACGACCUGGAGUCGACCAAGGCCGCCGUCGGUACUUUGCACAAUUUGUCUCAUCACAGGCAAGGUCUACUGGCCAUUUUCAAGAGCGCCGGCAUACCGGCUCUGGUGAAAUUGUUGAGCUCGCCGAUGGAAUCGGUACUUUUCUACGCGAUAACGACCCUCCAUAACUUGUUGCUGCAUCAGGACGGCUCCAAGAUGGCUGUGCGCCUUGCCGGAGGCCUGCAGAAGAUGGUCGUUCUGCUGCAACGAAACAACGUCAAGUUCUUGGCUAUCGUUACCGAUUGUCUGCAAAUUUUGGCAUACGGCAAUCAAGAGAGCAAGCUGAUCAUCCUUGCCUCGCAGGGCCCGAUAGAGCUUGUGCGCAUCAUGCGCUCCUAUGAUUAUGAAAAAUUGUUGUGGACCACUUCGAGAGUGUUGAAGGUAUUGUCCGUAUGCCCCAGCAACAAACCCGCAAUCGUAGAAGCGGGUGGCAUGCAAGCGCUCGCCAUGCAUCUCGGAAAUCCGAGUCAGAGGCUGGUGCAAAACUGUUUGUGGACGCUGCGUAAUCUAUCAGACGCUGGCACAAAAAUCGACGGGCUCGAGGUCUUGUUGCAGAGUCUCGUGCAGGUGCUUGGGUCAACGGACGUGAAUGUCGUCACAUGUGCUACUGGCAUCUUGUCAAAUCUCACUUGCAACAAUCAACGUAACAAAGUGACUGUCUGUCAGGUCGGUGGUGUCGAUGCUCUCGUACGUACGAUCAUCAAUGCCGGCGAUCGCGAGGAGAUCACUGAGCCAGCGGUGUGCGCCUUGCGCCACUUGACCUCGCGUCACGGAGAAGCGGAAAUGGCACAAAAUUCCGUUCGAUUAAAUUACGGUAUCCAGGUCAUCGUCAAAUUACUCCAUCCUCCAUCGCGUUGGCCGCUGGUGAAGGCGGUUAUCGGAUUAAUCCGCAAUUUGGCUCUCUGUCCCGCGAAUCACAUCCCGUUACGCGAACACGGUGCGAUACAUCAUCUUGUGAGACUUCUAAUGCGCGCAUUCCAGGAUACACAGCGACAACGAUCAUCCGUGGCGAGUACCGGCAGCCAACAGACUUUGGGCGCGUACGCUGACGGUGUGCGUAUGGAGGAGAUUGUAGAAGGUUCAGUAGGUGCGCUGCACAUCCUUGCAAGAGAGUCACACAACAGGAUGAUAAUUCGAUCGCAGAACGUGAUUCCGAUCUUCGUUCAAUUACUCUUCAAUGAGAUCGAAAACAUUCAACGCGUGGCUGCUGGCGUACUCUGCGAGCUGGCGGCUGACAAGGAAGGCGCCGAGAUGAUCGAACAGGAAGGCGCUACCGCCCCGUUGACAGAGUUGCUCCACUCCAGGAACGAGGGUGUUGCAACCUACGCAGCGGCAGUGUUAUUCCGCAUGAGUGAGGACAAGCCACAGGAAUACAAAAAACGGCUUUCCAUGGAAUUGACGAAUUCCUUAUUCCGCGAAGACCCAAAUUUGUGGAACAAUGCUGACUUUAGCAUGCCUCCGGAUCUUCAGGACAUGCUUGGGCCUGAUCAAGGCUAUGAUGGUAUGUAUGGGCAAGGACCUCCUAGCGUACACAGCAGCCACGGCGGUCGGGGUUAUCAGUCACAAGGUUAUGACCAGAUACCAGUAGACUCGAUGCAAGGGUUAGAGAUAGGUGGUGGAUCGACGUAUGAUGCAGUAGGCACUAUGGAUGUUGCGCACGAGGGUGAUUUAAGUUUCGAUCAUUUGGAAGAGCUCCCCACGCCGCCGCAGGAUAACAAUCAGGUAGCGGCCUGGUACGACACCGAUCUCUGAAUUCGUACCGUCAACGAUCUUGCGUGAAGAGAGAAGAGAAGAGAAGAGAAGAGAAAGAAAGAAAAAGAGCAAAAAAAUAAAAAAAAAUGAAAAAUAAAAAAAAACGAAAUUGCACGAUGGUUUAUUUAUUCAGCCGCCGUAUGCAAUAAUUUUAUGGCCAAUACACGCACGCACGACGUGUUGAUCUUAGACUGUUUUAUUUAUAAGACUCACCUUCGACAUGACACAGUAGACCGAUCGAAGA